AGAUUUCUUAAAUAUGUAAUAUGCAUUUUUGUUUUGUAUCGUAGUUAACACAAAUGCGAUAGUGGACUUACGAAGUAUGUACAGAAAUUUAUUUAUCGUCGGAGUUGUAUACUUUCUCGCCUUCACUCAAGGUGAGCAACAAUUAAAACCAAAAAUUGUAAUUGAAGAUGGUAGCAACCCGAUUGUCGAAGGAGAAAGGUUGGCUUUGGUUUGCAACGUAUCAAGUUGUAAUAAAGACUGUAGAAAAGGUUGGCGUACCCCAACUGAGAGGGUCAUUCGUGAGCACAUUACGAUUCCAAGGAUAGAGAAACGCAAUUCUGGAAAAUACAGCUGUGCACUUAUAGUUAAUAACACAAUUAAGGAACAGUCAGAUGAAUUAGAUGUAAUAGUAUUUUACAUUGACAAACCUACGAUUGUCAUUACACCCUCACUUGUGAUUGAAGAAGGAAGUGAUGUCACUAUUAACUGUUCCACCAAUGAUUCAUAUCCAACAGUAUUUGCGUAUGAAAUCAUUGGAAAGAACCAAUCGACAGUCGUUCUGGAUAAGCUUACUAGUCUCCAACAAUUUAAGUUAUCCGCAACACUAGCACAUGAUGGCAAUUACAGUUGCCUUGCCAAAAAUGGAAAACUGACAAAAAAAUCAGACGAUAUCAUUUUGAAAGUGAAAAAAAUUCUCGACACUCCAAAGGUCAUUCUACAUUCUGAGAAUCUAUCUAGGAUAAAUACCCCAGUUACUAUCCACUGCAUGGUGACUUCAACUUAUCCAAACUUAACUUUUUAUCGGUGGUUUAAAGACGACAAAAUCAUACAGAAUAUGAGAACAAGUAUUCACAUAUCAUCACUUGAGACAACAGAUCAAGGAACGUAUCAAUGCGAGGCGUGGAUUGUCUCAAAAAACGUAAUAAAAAAAUCCAAACCUAUCAUGUUGAAAGUGCAUGUUGAUAUAAAAAUCACGCCUCAAAACAUAACAGAAGUCGAAGGAACGACAAAAAACCCUCGUUUAUCAUGCAUAGUCAGAAAACCAAAGUACGAAUCAAUGCGUUACCAAUGGGAAUUUAAUGGGAAAGUGCUGCCAGAUUUCGAUCCUCCAAUCAUUCCAUUUCCUGCGAAAGAUUUUCUGCGUGUAGUUGAAGGAACAUACAGAUGCCUUGUCAAUAUUGGAACACAGUAUCAAGUAAAGAGUCAUUUGGCUUUUGUUAAGGUUUUGCGUAUCGAUUCACCGAAACUGAGCCACUAUAAAAGUUCUUCCGAGAAUAUUCUAUUUUGCGAACAGAAUGACACAGCACUCAAAUUGACAACAAACUGGUACAAAAACGGGAAAAAAUUAAAUGUACCUUCUUCAGAACAAUUGAAACUCAGCAAUAAUGAAGGUUUUGUAGGCGAAUACAGGUGUGGUGUCACCGAUGCAGGAUCCAUUUUGGAAAAGAAAUCAAACUCGGUAAAUUUAAAAUACGAAGAUCCUGUAGAUCCUCCUGAAUCUCUGCCACUUACUGAAAUAAUCAGUGCAGUUAUCGCUGUUUUGGUCAUCAUGUUGAUUAUUGCUCUUAUUAUCUGCAAGUGUCGUAAAAAGGCUUCAAAAAAUGCAGGAAUUCAAAGAAAUGAACCAUUAUAUGCUGAUGUACCAAUAAACACAAGUCCUCCUAUACCAAAUUCCAAUUACAGACCAGCGUUGAGAGACACCAGUGCCAGUGUAGUAGGUAAUCCCUAUGUUAACUCUGGACCCAUCAGAGCAACAACACCUCCUUUACAAGGGAAACAUAAGAAGCUCGAAUGUACAUACUCAGGUUUGUUACACAGAGAUGUUGUUGAACUUAAAGAGUCCACCUAUGCUGGAUUAAAUUUGGAAUCUCAUUAUGAUCCAGUGAGUUUCAGUGACUGUUGACAAAAUAACACAUCGUUGCCCAGAGUUGAAGAAUUCGUUAGUCAGAAAUGUAAAUAGUAAUUGAAUAUGUAAUCAUAAAUUAUGACAAUUUUUUUAUUUACUCUGUUACAACUGGGCUUUAUGAGGACUCCCAAAUUUUGGAAAAGGUCCUUUUUAAUUAUAACAGUUUUUGCCUAUUUGCAAUGAAACUUGCUGCAAGUAUUGCCCAGUAAAAAUUUGGUCAAAACUUGCUGUUAUCAAUUCUUAAAAUUUGAGAUUCAUUAUUUAAGAUUUGUAUAAUUGCUUGGAAUUUAGUCACACGAAUAUUACAAACAAAAAAGCUUCACAACAUAAUGACAAGUCCCUACUAAAGGGGACACUGGGGGACAAAGAACUCAGGACUUAGGGCGCGAUAGGAGGACCCAGGCCCGUACAGGAAAUCCAGGAUCUACAACCCUCCACAAAAUAUGUUGAGACAACUCCAAAAAUAAGUCACAAUAAGGGUUCUCCAUCCACUCCCCGCCUGUAUCAAUGUUACCUUACUGGACACUAACUCAGCACAGGCAGCUACCACCCUCAACCUUGAAUUUCGGGGAGGGGGGGGGGGACAAAAGUUUGCAAAAAAAAUCAAUUUGU